UUUUUAUUUUGCGAUUGGCUUUUUGUUUGAUCAGACCAAAUUUUGGCUGGGACGAAAACCCAAGCGCUAACAAAGAAACAUUUCAGCAAAGCAACCUCAUCCCUUCGCAUCUAGCUUGAAUUCACUUUUAACCUUUUAACAGCACUGAAACUGUCCUAAAGAGGGUGCACUUGAUUCUAACUUCGCUUUCAAUAUGACGGCGGUCAAUGUCACCCUGGUUCGAGACACCCAGUGGCUGACUUUAGAAGUCUGCAGAGAAUUUCAGAGAGGAACCUGCUCUCGAGCCGAUGCAGACUGCAAGUUCGCCCAUCCGCCGAGAGUCUGCCAUGUGGAAAAUGGCCGUGUGGUGGCGUGUUUUGAUUCCUUAAAGGGUCGCUGUGCCAGAGAGAACUGCAAGUACCUUCACCCUCCUCCACACUUAAAAACUCAGCUGGAAAUUAAUGGACGCAACAAUCUGAUCCAACAAAAGACCGCCGCGGCCAUGUUCGCCCAGCAAAUGCAGUUUAUGCUCCAGAAUGCUCACAUGUCAUCACUUACUUCUUUUCCUAUGAAUCCAUCACUUGCGGCUAAUCCUGGAAUGGCUUUCAAUCCUUACUUACCUCAUCCUGGGAUGGGCCUGGUUCCUGCUGAGCUCAUACCGAAUGCCCCCAUUCUGAUUUCUGGAAACCCGCCUCUCGCAUUGCCAGCAGCUGCUGGUCCCAAACUGAUGCGUUCGGAUAAACUGGAGGUUUGCCGAGAAUUCCAGCGUGGAAAUUGUACCCGUGGUGAGAACGAUUGUCGCUAUGCUCACCCUACCGAUGUUUCCAUGAUUGAGGCAAGUGAUAAUACCGUGACAAUCUGCAUGGAUUACAUCAAGGGGCGAUGCACCCGGGAGAAGUGCAGGUACUUUCAUCCUCCUGCACACCUGCAAGCCAAACUCAGGGCAGCUCAUCACCAGAUGAACCACUCAGCUGCCUCUGCUAUGGCCCUCCAGCCUGGUAUGCUUCAACUGAUACCAAAGAGAUCGGCACUUGAAAAGACCAAUGGUGCCACUCCGGUCUUUAACCCCAGUGUUUUCCACUGCCAGCAAGCUCUGGCUAACCUGCAGCUCCCGCAGCCGGCAUUUAUCCCUGCAGUUGAAAUUCUGAACAACAGAGUUACGGAGUAUCAAGAUCUCUCCAUGAGAACCUCCAUAUGGCCUUUCCAUGUAUAUUCUCAUAGGUCCUCUUCUACCAACGCAACAAUAAGUGUGGUGCGGUCAAUAUAUUAAACAAAACGCAUAGACCAACCAACAGAUUCAAUUGACAAAACCAGUAAAGCGUUAAACAGUCAGUGGAGAUGUUAAAACAGCAUAGAAAAUGAGUAACUACCAUUUAUCUUAUUUGAAUUAGUAGGUAGAACGUGACCGUGAAGUUUUGUAGUUUGUUGCAUUAUUCUUUGUGAUUUUCCAAUGACCAUUAUGCUGAGUGAAUCUCCACAGUGGGUAAAUGUUCGUCUGUUUUGAAGUGUUACCUUACUGUUUUGUUUACACAAUAGUCUAUUGGGUUGAUUUAGAAUGUAACAAAGGUAUCCAGUACCAUUUUCCUCACUGUUGUAUUGUAUUGUAUUGUGGUGUGUUGUGUUAGAUUUUUACAUACUCUAGUGUUUUCCUCUAGAUGUGUGGUGUUUGAUUUCAACUAAAAUAUUACUAACGGGAAACAGAAAUAUGUGCGUUUGAAAAACAUAACAGAUUAAUGUUAAUAUGCUUUCUCUCUCUUCAGAACAUUUCUGUAAGUUUCUUGGGGCAGACAUUCAUUAUAAACAUGCAUGUGUAUAAUUUGUACCUGCCGAUCUGACCUUGCAUAAUACAAUCACAUGACUAGGGUUUUGGGGGGGAGAGACAAAUAAUUAUCUGCAGAAAAAAAACAGGGAACUUCUGAAAAUAUGAACCCCUAAUGUCACUCCUCAAAAAGCUUACAGAAUUACAGUUCACCCUUAAAGGAAUUUCUCAGCAUUUAUGUGAAGUGCCCAUUACGUUUCUUGUGGUUCAAGGAUCCUAUCUCCUAGGUUAAGCAUCUAAAGCUGAACUAUUUGUCAACUUCAGCUGAAGAUUGGUAUUCGGAGCUUUAAAAGUGUGCUUGAUUGUAGGUUAUAAAUUAAACAGGAAGGUGAGAGCGUGGAGAUAGUUUUCACAUUUUAGAGGAAAAUGCAGGAAAACCAUUGCAACGUGACCUUUUAUACAAGUGCCAUUCUCUGGCUGAAAAUGGUGCAUUCUCUUUAGACUACUCUGAAUAAUAAGAGGCAAUCUUGCAAAAGUCAGGGUGAAAGGGAAUUGGUUCCAAGUGAGGCCUUUCCUUCCCAAAUGGAUAGCCUUCCCCGCUGAUCACAGCUGGAGCGUGAAUAUAGGUCUGGAGGAACAGUGGGGGUGAGGAGGAGGGUAGGAAGGCAUUUCAAGUGAGUCUUUGGUUUACUCACAACUGCUAGGAAGGCCGUCCACAGCUGACUGUAGCUUCUGUUCACACGAAUUUCCAGUUCCGUUGAACACUUCAACGAGGGAACCAGCCUCUGUGUCAAGUUGUCUUUCCCAGACUUUAUUGACAACAGAGCCAUAUCGUA